CUUGGCCGGGGGGCGGCGGACCCGCGCCCGGUGGCGGGUUUCUGCGCGGCGGCGGGGUCCGUUUGGAUCUACCCCACUAACUACCCGGUGCGCGGUUAUCAGGUGCGCAUGGCCCGCGCCGCCUUGCUGGGUAACACGCUGGUCUGCCUGCCCACCGGGCUGGGUAAGACCUUCGUGGCCGCCGUCGUCAUGUACAACUUCUACCGCUGGUUCCCCUCCGGCAAGGUGCUCUUCCUCGCCCCGACCAAGCCGUUGGUGGCUCAGCAGAUGGAGGCCUGCGCCCGCGUUAUGGGGAUCCCGUCCCGGCACAUGGCCGAGAUGACAGGGGGAACCCAAGCCCUCAGUCGGAGGGAACUGUGGACUACCAAGAGAGUCUUUUUCCUUACACCUCAAAUAAUGGUGAACGAUCUUUCUCGUGGGACAUGUCCUGCUGUAGAGAUUAAAUGUUUGGUUAUUGAUGAAGCCCACAAAGCCCUUGGAAAUCACGCCUACUGUCAGGUUGUAAGGGAACUAAGCAAAUAUACAAAUCAAUUUCGGAUCUUAGCCCUAAGUGCCACACCAGGCAGUGAUACAAAGGCUGUGCAGCAAGUUAUUUCAAACUUACUCAUUGCUCAGAUAGAGCUAUGUGCUGAAGAUUCUCCAGAAAUUCAGCCUUAUUCUCAUGAGCGACAAGUGGAAAAAAUUGUUGUUUCACUUGGAGAGGAAUUGGUAGAAAUUCAGAAUGCUUACAUCCGGGUGCUAGAAACAUUUGCUGGACGCCUGAUUAAAAUAGGAGUUUUAGGAAGGCGGGAUAUUCCCAGCCUUACAAAGUACCAGAUAAUUCUAGCAAGAGAUCAAUAUAGAAAAAACCCGUCUUCACAAAAUAUGGGAAUGCAUCAAGGAAUAGUUGAAGGAGAUUUUGCACUUUGUAUCAGUUUAUAUCAUGGUUAUGAGCUGCUGCUGCAAAUGGGAACACGGUCAUUAUUUAUCUACCUUUGUGGAAUUAUGGAUGGAUCAAAAGGGUUAACCCGUACGAAGAAUGAACUUGGUCGUAAUGAGGACUUCAUGAAGCUAUAUCAGCAGCUUAGAGACACGUUUUCAGACACAUCUCUGGAUUCAGCGAAUGGAAAUGUUUACAAGAGUAAAACAGUGUUUGAAAAUAAAAAGGAAUUUAUCUAUAGCCAUCCAAAAUUAAGGAAAUUGGAGGAAAUUGUAAUAGAACACUUCAAAUCCUGGAAAAAGGGAUGUUCUGAUCAAGUCACGACUGAAAGCAUAUCUGUGGACGCUGUGGAUACCAGAGUGAUGAUCUUCUCAUCAUUUCGAGAUAGCGUGCAAGAAAUUGCAGAAAUGCUUUUCCGGCUCAGUCCAGUUGUUAGAGUAAUGACAUUUGUUGGCCACUCCACAGGAAAGAGCACAAAAGGCUUCACACAAAAGGAACAACUUGAGGUGGUAAAACGCUUUCGUGAAGGUGGGUAUAACACUCUGGUCUCUACCUGUGUUGGGGAAGAAGGCUUAGACAUUGGAGAAGUUGAUCUCAUCAUCUGCUUUGACGCCCAGAAAAGUCCAGUUCGCCUUGUGCAGAGGAUGGGCCGAACGGGGCGCAGGCGGCAAGGCAGGAUCGUUGUCAUCCUCGCCGAAGGGCGGGAGGAACGGACUUACAAUCAAAGCCAGUCUAACAAAAGGAGCAUCCACAAAGCUAUUUCAGGAAACAAAAUGCUUCAUUUUUACCAGCAUAGCCCACGUAUGAUUCCACAAGGCAUAAAUCCCAAGUUGCAUAAAAUGUUUAUUACUGCUGAAAAAUAUGAACCAAGCGAUUCAAGAAUGCUUGCCAAAAAGAGAAGAUCUAGUUCCCUCCAGCAUAAAUCUGCUCUCUUUUCCUGUGUCACCGGCCGAAAGCAAAUACACUGUCAUGAGAGUUGGUCUCUAUCACCUGAGGAAUUUGAAAUAUGGGACAGACAUUACAGGAUUAAAGAAAGUGAUGGAUUAAAGGAACCAAUAUUGCGUCAAACUCAGUUUGAAACCUUAGAAAACCUGGAAGAAAUAUCAAAGCAUGAAGAGAAGGCAACUCGUGAACUUUCCUUGUCUGAAUGGAGAAUUUGGCAGAAUCGUCCUUUUCCUACAUCCAUGGUUGGUCACUCAGAUCGUUGCUACCAUUUUAUCAGUGUUAUGGAAAUGAUAGAACUGAUGAGACAUGAACAGGGAGAUUGCAGCUAUGAGCUGGAGAUUCAGCCUCACUUACGUAUUGAAGACGUUAAUGUUCAAAGGAAUAAAAGUCAUCUUUCCAUGACCAACCCCACAUUUGAUCAGAAAGCACGCUCAUCUAGAAAAGACAUGGCACACAGAUCAAAAGUAAAACCACUUUUACCUGAUACAAAUGAUAAUGGGAGUGAAUUCUUUUCCACAUUUAAAAUAACAAAAACAAAGACUCCCAAAAGAACUUCUGGAUUAAAUUUGGAAGUGCCUGCAUUGCCUGCAGAUGUUAAUACUUUGGCUUCUUACUCAGCAAGAAGGCUUGCUCUGGUUGAAAAUACUGACCAGGGCAGUCAAAAGGAUGAGGAACUAGAGGUGACAUUUGACUUAAAUGAAUUUAUUGACCUAUGUGACAACAGCGAAAGUACUGUAAUUCAUGAAGGAGCAGCAAUAAAGGAAUACAAAACUGUAGAUAAAGCCUGUAGGUCACUGGGGAUGAACCACGCAGAUUCGGGUUAUAGUAGCUUCACGGUUGAGAAAUCACCUGUGUCCUCUGACUUAUUUUAUCUUCCUGAAUCAUACGUGGAUUCAUUUGCACUUGUGAGAUCAUCUGAGGAGCCUUCUUGGUCAAAACAAAUAUCUUCCCACGUGAAAAGGCUUUUAUCACAAUCUCCCCCCUCUUUGAAUAAACUUUAUGAUUUUGAAAACAUGCUGAGAAAUGAAGAAAUAGUAUGUCCUUUUCAAAAAGUUGUUUCUGAUAGUUAUUCAGAGAGACUGCGGGACAAAGUCUUUCCUGCGUCCUCAGAAGUUGAUUGUUCACUGCUGCUCUUUGAAAAUCCUGAAGUGAAAGUCACCAGUGAAUUGUGUGCUUCUGUAAGUACCUGUUUUACAAAAACUGUAUCAUCUUCUGAGACUGCUGUUACUAAAGCCGAAGAGGAACUUCACUGGAAUAACAGCUUUGAUAGUCUGUUUGACAAUGAAGAAUUCACUGAAAUUCAAAAGAAAACUCCAACAGUAAAUCGCACUCUGACAAAUAACCCUUUAAAUAAGAAUUUUGUUCAAAAAGAUAAAGAAGAUCUUGAAAUUAACAAGAAAAAUGUGAUUAUUGAUGAAAAGAAGAGUAUACGUUUAUUUGAAGAUGAGCAUAUUUGUGACACAAAUAAUGGAAGUUUUUCUAUGAACAAUAAGCGCUUAGUCAAGUCAGAUUCAGGUGAGAGUGUCGUUAGGCCAGUUGCAGAGCGAGGCUCUGAGGGGUUUCCUUCAGAGGUGUGCUGCGUGAACAAAACCUGCAAGGAGCAGCCAAUAAGCGGUAAAACCACAACCACGGAAAUGUCAGGUGAUAUUAGUGUGACCGAGCAGUUUCUGGAUAAUGAUGAACUUUAUGACUGUUCUCAAGAACUGUUUUCUGUUAACUUUGAUCUAGGAUUUUCCAUUGAAGAGUGUGAGAACAAAAUCUUUGAAGAAGCUAUAAAUACUAAUAAUACCAGAAAAUUAAAUGGUGCCUCAGAGAGUCAUGCAGAUGUUAAAUCCACUGAAGAUAAAAAAAAAUUACUGAAUAGCUCCAGACUUGAAACAUCGCCAAAACGGGAUUGCAGAAGUCUUGAGAGAAGAGACAUUUCCACACCUUUGCCAUUGCAGAGUAGGAGCAUGAAUGAUAGAGAAGGGCCUGAGGACACUACCACUGCAAUGCCUUUCUUGAAGUCAGGAGACAGAAGAACGGGAAGUGGAUCACCUGAAGCUUUGGCUUCUGCACUUUCUACCCCAACAAGUAGAAAGGUUAUGAAUAUUGAAGCUAUCAAAAGAUUUCCUAUUAAUGUAUUCUCUAGUGCCAGGGAGGAAAUUCCAGAGGUGCCUCUUACAGAUAAAGUAAAUACAAGCCCACAUAGGCAGAACUUUGGGAGUUCAGCCAUGGGUGCACUUGGUUCCCCUUUAGGAAGAACUGAAAACCUGGAAGACACCAACCUUCGUAGUUCACGUGUGUUUCCUGAUGAAGGAACCAGCAGUGAGAGUGAAGAAGAGAUCGUUUUCCAGAGGAAAAAUAGGGAAAAAAAGAAUGUUUUGAAGUCUCCUGACGUUAUGAAUGACAGUGAUUUUGAGUCGCCGAUUCGUGCCAUCAGAAAACGUCGACACCCACUUAACAUGUCAGACCUGUCGAGUGAUGACAGCAUGGAUUUUCACAAGAACUCAAGUAGGACCACAAAUAGCAGCUCAGCAGGCUAUAACAAAAAACAGCUGAGAAGUACGAAACGGCAAAAGGUCAAGAGCAAUUUUACAUACAAGAAUGCAGCAAGACAGUUUUUAGAUGAAGAAGCUGAGCUGUCCCAGCAAGAUGCAGAUGGUGUUUCACCUGAUGAGAACGACGAUGCAGAGAACGAGCUGAACUCUUCACUUGCUCAAUUCCUGAAUGAUGAUGUAGAGGUCACACAAGUGUUAAAUGACUCUGAGAUGAAAGGCGUUUACCUGAAAUCUGUGCGUAGUCCAGCUCUUGGCAAUAGAUACAAAAUGGUUCAUCGUGAAUUCAACAACAUGGCAAUUUUCUCACAGAUCCCUGAGCAAGACCAGACUUAUGCAGAGGACAGUUUCUGCGUUGGAGAGGAGGAAGAGGAAACUUGCCAAAAAAGUGAAUCUAGUGAGGAGGAAUUGUGCGUUAAUUUUGAUCUCUUAAAUAAUGAGAGUUUUACUAGUGGAAGAAAACAAUACCUCACUCGCCGCAGAAAAAAAUUAAACCAGGCUGGGAUGGAAGAGAACUACUCCGUCCCAAUGCAAAAGAAGAAACCAUCCCGAAUUAUUGUUCUUAGUGAUUCCAGCGGGGAAGAAACAAGUGUCAGCAAUGAGAAGCCUGUGAAAACAGACUGUUUCUUGGCAGAAAAGGAAAAUGCUACGUUACCCAAGUCAUUGCCUUCAGUCUCUUCUGCGCAGCACAGAAAAAUUGCUAGGGAAAUCAGUGUUCAUCAGUCUGUGGAGAGUAAGAGUGAGAUGCUUCUCGGCUUGAAAGCUUCAGUAUCUGAAACGCUGGAUUUUCACCCAGACCAUCAAGUCAGAAGCACAUGCUUUCCACCAGCUGUCACUAGUUCUGUUUCGGGGAAAGAGGAUCUCCAGGCUCCCACUGAGAAAAACUGUGAUUUUCAACAUCUACAGGUGGAAAGUUCUUUGAAGACCACCUGUAGGAGCACUUCAGUUCCACCUUGUUCUGCUUCCACAAACCCCUCUUCAGCUACAGCUGUGUUUUCACGUGACCCUCUGGAGAAAACACCUUCGCUCUGUAUUCUGGUAGACAGUCGUGAGAUCUCCUCUGGAGCACAGGUGAUUUCUUCCUUGAAGGCAGCUCACGGAGUAAAGGUGCAGGUUUGCUCACUGAGCAGCAGCGAUUACAUCGUGAGCAACUGCAUGGCAGUGGAAAGGAAACUUCUGUCAGAAUUACUGAACCCUGCGAACAGGAGUAAAGUCACCCAGCGGAUCCAGCGCCUGCGGAGCAUGUUUGAGAGAAUAUGUGUGAUUGUGGAAAAGGACAGGAUUAAAACAGGAGAAACGUCACGAUUUUUCCAGAGGACACAGUACUACGACGGUGUGCUCUCAGCCUUGGUCCAGGCUGGGGUCCGAAUUCUUUUUAGCUCUUGCCAAGAGGAAACUGCCGGUUUACUGAAAGACCUGGCUUUGGUGGAGCAAAUCAAAAAUGCCGCCAUUCGCGUGCCAACAGAGGUGGAGGGUCACAAACGGGAAAUGCUCAACUUCUACUUGAGUAUUCCUAAUCUCAGCUACCUGGCUGCUCUCAAUAUGUGCCAUUGCUUUGGCUCCGUGAAGAAGAUGGCCAACAGCUCCCCGCUGGACAUCGCCACCGGCGCCCAGGUCAGCCCCCAGAAGGCAGAGGAGAUCUACCGCUACCUCCACUAUGGUUUUGAUGUGCAGAUGCUGCCCGAGAACCUCUGCACCAAGGGGAGAAGCAAUGCAGCCACCAAGAGCUGA